CUUGAUCGAAAACUACGUAAUAUCAAGAUACACUUUGUGAACGAUUCCUAUUGAGCUGCAUUUUUACCUAUUCAAGCCUCAUCAGAAAAUCUAGUUACUGAAAUUCGUCUAAAACUUUGGACAAAAAAACAACAUCUUCGCUAUCCUUUCUUCAAGCUGUACUAAAAAGUGAAUCAAAUUCAUUGAUAAAAUGGAAGAAAUCUUUCAGUUUCUACGUCUGCUGGCUGUUUACUCUUUGAUCUCCUCAGUUCGUUCGGAUCCAACAGAAAAACCUCUAAUUUUUCAAACCAAAACGCUAGAAAUAUAUCCUGACUGGGAAAGUUUAUCAAUACAAGUAAAUAGUGGACCUUACGCAUUUGCUUGCCCUGCUAAAGGAGGCGAUGAAGAAUUAUUCAACCAGAGAAGAUCUCUAGAUAAUAAAUCGGUGUUUGUACGAUACUAUUCUGCACUCAAAGAAAAUCAUAUGGGAGACAUUUUAUGUAAAAAAUAUCUCAAGCUGGCAGUUGUGGUUCGUACUACGGAGGCAGACAAGAAAGAGAAACUCGUAGAAUUUGGAUACGAGGUUUACAUCGAUACAUCCCAAUUCAAGCAAGAGUUUAAUACAUCUGAUUUCAAUCAAUUUGGCAGGCUUCUGCCACCUACGAGUCCGUUUAAUCGAGCCUUGAGUUUCAUGGCUAAUUCGAACAAUGCUCCUACAAUGGAUAAAAAGGAACAAACCAAUAUUGGUAGCAAGACAGUAAGCCAAACGCUGGAUUUCAUAUGGUUCUCGAGAGCAGUACUGAAAUAUAAUUUUGACACUUGGAAUGUGGAAAAGUUGACUUAUUUCAUAACUCCCGAUGUUGAUCAAUUAGAUGCAAUGUGCACGGAUAACGAAUUAGGGGCAAAUUUCUUCGACAAGAACGAACCCAACAGAUUUUAUUGGCUUAGCGCUCAGGAGAGAAUUUUCAAGGAGGUAAUUUUACCGAAAGACCUAUUGAAGGAUGGAGGUGAAUGUAAGAUAGCGCAGAAUUGUGUGAAACAAUAUAAUUUAUUGUGGUCUUACCAGUAUCGAUCUGCACUUACGAGAUCAUUCUCGUGUUCAGAGCUGACAACGAUUCCUGUUUGGUACGAAACGGCCAAAGAACCUCUUAAUUAUUCAGAAAAAUUUCUAAUCGCUGGGGCUAAAGUCACCAAGAGAGAGCUAAAAAUCAUAGCCGGUACCCACGAAAUACUCAAAUUCCCCUCGAAAAAAUAUGACAACGACCAAGAGAUGUAUUUACAAAUAUCUAAAACAACCAACAAAAUUCCAAUACCCAAACUUAUCUAUAAAAUAGUCAGAUACAAUUCGCACGAAUGCAUUGGUGAGGAUGAAGAAAAUAUAUGUUGGUUUGAUAUGGUCAUCGUGAUCCAUAAUCAACCCGAAGUCUUACCAACAGAUAUAAUCUGUGAAGAUAAAUCAGAAGAGUGGGGCUGGGAAAGCAUUCGUUUCAUGAGCACAACUAACAAGAAUGUGGAUGAAAAAUCAAAGUUUAUUUACGUUUGCGAACUGAAUGAAACAUUAGGAAAGAAAUUAGGUUAUGUGAGUGAUACACGAAAGGGGGACUUGAAAUUGAAUUAUUUUCCUUACUACAAUGAAGGUGAAAAAAAAUUAGAAUUUGUAGAUGGGAUGAAGAAAGAUUUUGAAGAAAAAAUGAGAGAUUUGUUUGAACAGAGCUCAUAGAGAGGUGAAUAAUGGUUGGACAAAUUGUGAGUACUUAUAAUAUA